AUCCACCAGCUCAGCACCUCACACGGCUCUCAUCACACUUCCUGCUCGUAUCCUCCCGGCUCGCUCUGAGCUGCGCCGGUUUGUUCUUCAUUAUAUUUUAAAAAGAAAGAUUUCAAGAUGUCUUUGAGAGGACCUUUAUUCCGUCUUCUCAGAACUCAGCUGAGCCACACUUGCCAACAAAGCAGAGCUCAGUCCGUGGCUGUUCUAGGCGCUCCGUUUUCAAGAGGACAGAAAAGAAGAGGCGUGGAGCACGGACCUAAAGCCAUCAGAGAUGCGGGGCUCAUGGAGAGGCUCGCCGGGUUAGACUACACCGUCCACGACUUCGGCGACCUGAACUUCCACUACCCGGAGAGCGACGAGUCCUACAACAACAUCCAGUCGCCUCGCACUGUGGGAGCGGCCAAUAAGAAGCUGUCUGGAGCCGUGAGCAGAGCUGUGGGUGCAGGACACACACUGGUCAUGCUGGGAGGCGAUCACAGCCUGGCUAUCGGAUCAGUGGGAGGUCACGCCCAGCAGUGUCCUGACCUGUGUCUCAUCUGGGUCGACGCCCACCCAGACGUCAACACGCCCAUGACCUCUCCUUCGGGAAACCUUCACGGCCAGUCGGUGGCGUUCAUGCUCAAAGAGCUGCAGGACAAGAUUCCAGACCUCCCCGGGUUCUCCUGGACGAAGCCCUUCCUGUCAUCGAGGGACCUGGUGUACAUCGGUCUGCGGGACGUCGACCCCGGGGAGCAUCACAUCCUGAAGAAUCUGGGCAUCCAGUACUUCACCAUGAGAGACGUGGACCGACUGGGCAUCCAGAGGGUCAUGGAGGUCACUCUGGACCAUCUCCUGUCGAGAAAACAGCGACCGAUCCACUUGAGUUUCGACAUCGACGCGUUCGACCCGUCUCUGGCUCCAGCGACCGGCACGCCAGUGAACGGAGGUUUGACCUACAGAGAGGGAAUCUACAUCACAGAGGAAAUCCACAACACGGGUUUGCUGUCCGUCAUCGACCUCGUGGAGGUUAACCCCGUGCUGGGAGCGAGCCCCGAAGCCGUAGAGGCCACCGCCUCUUUAGCGGUGGACGUCAUCGCGUCGUCUCUGGGACAGACGAGGGAAGGAGCGCCCUCGUCCAUCCAUGUGAUUCCCGCCGUGAAGGAGGACACAGAGCAGCUCCGGCUCUGAAGGCGGGAAAGAAAAGCUAUGGACUUGAACGCCCCGCCCCCUCCUGAGCAUUCCUCGAUUUGAACAACAGCACGGCAAAGACUGAAGCCGUAGUUUUAGAUUCCUGUUCUUUAAUGUUUUUAUUUAAUGAAUAACUAUGAAGGGCUUUACAGAUUAGAACGUAGAUUUUAAGACUACUGACGACGCCAUACUCAGAAACGCUCCCGUCUUUCCUGGGGCGCUAAUAAUAGACUCAGCUUCUUGUAUUUAUUAGGCGUAGGGGUGUAGUUACUGUAUUGUCUUUAGGUUUUUUUUGUUGUAUUUUCACAACAUGUACUCGAGUCAAUGUUUAGAAAGAUGAACUAACUAGCGUCUGUUUUGAUUGGCUUGACUGGCGGUUGAUAUCCAGCUUUGAUUUAAAACGCUGAGAAUAAAAACAAACACGAGUUUUUAGGUUUUAACCGGUUUAAUGAUUGGUCCAUGUUCGACUUGAUGUGGAAACUACACGACUUCUGUCCUUGUAACUAAGAGUUUAUUAUAUUUUGGUCUUCCAUAAAUGUCAUUGAGUUUUUCA